AUGUCAUUGAUCCGAUCAGCAAGCGGCCCUGCUGGUGGUUUAAGCAUCAACACCGGUACUGCUAACGCCUUUGGCAACACCGCCUCUAAGCCAUCAGCUGCUGGAAGUCUCUUUGGUUCAUCUGCCUCUGCCACUCCUACCACCACUACUACCACAACAGCGCAACCAGCAGCAGGCAACAUGUCUCUCUUCGGCGGCGCCGCGCAAAAGACGGGGACGGGUCUUUUUGGUCAAUCGACAGCACAAAGUGCACCUGCACCUGCGACUGGCGGUGGUCUCUUCGGAAAUGCAGGUGCUACCAACACUCAGCAGACACAGAGUACUGGCACUGGACUCUUUGGCAACACAGCCGCGAAUAACGCACAAGGAAACACUCAACAGUCAACGACGGCGACGACCGGCACUGGACUCUUUGGUCAAUCGACUCAGCAAAACCAAGCUCAGCAGCAACCUCAACAAACAGGCACAGGUCUCUUUGGACAAUCCGCAGCAACAAACACCCAAAGCAACACAGGAACUGGUCUUUUCGGUCAAGCUCAAGCAAAGCCCGCUACCGCAGGCACUGGUCUUUUUGGCCAAACUCAGUCUCAACCGCAACAGCAGAACAACACAUUAGGCCAGUCCACGAACCAAGUCUCAGCCGUCCAGAUCAACUACGACAGCAUCCGCCCACGUAGUCGAUUCGAUGAUCUUGCUAAGCCUGUACAAGACGAAAUUGCGCUUCUGGACAAGGGUAUCCAACGAGUUAUCAAGAUGCGAGACGAGAUUGGUGAAUUCAUGCCUCAGCACGAGAAGGACAUCGAACAGCUCGGUCUCGACGUUAAAUUUGUCGAGUCCAAGUUCCGUACCGUUCAAGUCGCUCUCAACAACGAUAUUCAGACUGUCAAGGCCCUUCAGGAUCAAACCCGAAAGAACGCCGCCGACGCUCGACUAUGCUUCCGAGGUGCCGAUAACCUUAAACUCCCUACGCACUACCACCAGACCGGUCUCUUCGCUAGCCAAGCACCUGCUGCUGAUACUAAUGGCUCCGAUGCUGCGUCAACACAUGCCGAUGCUCAGGAUCUGAUCACCUAUUUUAACCGCAUCUGCGACGAUAUCGAAAAGUACAAGGCACGUCUUGAUGAGUACCGUGGAGAUAUUGAAAGAGACAUGCCUGGAGUCGAGAAUGGUCUUUACGAACAAAUUCGGGCUCUGCGCGAUCGUAGUGCUGGCAGCGUAGUUGUGCAGGACCAGCUGAAUGAAGUGUUGCUGGCGCUAAGAGACACAGGAAGCGCCAUUGUUGCGCAGGCUGGACAGAUUGCUGAUACCCGAGAACGGUUGUCACGUCUUCAGGCUGGCAUUGUGGAUAGUGGAGUUUAUGCCAUGGGUAUGAAUGCUUAA